AUGACUGGUCAACCAAGUAUGGUAAGCGAACUGGCAUCAUUAACAAGUGCUUCGAAAACAGUUGAGCGAUCAACUACAGUCAGUUAUUCUUAUGUAACUGAUUGGUAUAUUAAUUUGAUUCGUGCUUUUCAAGAAGUACCACCAGCUCAAAGUUGCAAAACGAAAUUCGUUGAAGAAUGUUGUAUGCUUUAUGAGCACAAUCCGACUAUUCUGCAAACGAUAAAAGAGUUUAGUAAUACGUAUGUUCCCGAAGAGGCAAUUCGUUGGUAUACACGUGAUGGAUUUCUGUAUAAAGUACUUAAUAGAGUUCUUCGUGAAAAAAAUCAACAGACGAUUCAACUACUUCAUUUCCUUAUUUAUGAUCUCAAUCGACAAUUAAAAAACGAAUUAAAAAUGACACCACAAAAUUGGAUGAAAGCUGAUACCGUACGUUUAUAUCGUGGGCAGCUGAUGUCGAUGGAUGAAUUGCAACAGCUUAGAAAUAAUAAAGGUGAAGAGUUAUUUGUCAAUAGUUUUCUCUCACUGACGACUGAUCUUGCUGUUGCAAACAUGUUCUCAGGUGCAGGUGCUUUUGGUCUUGAUAGUCCCAUGCAGUCGGUUAUUUUUCAUAUUGAAUGGGCAGCUAUCAUUCCUACGCAAGGUCCUGCAAAUAUUGAGCGUCUAAGCUUUAAUAGAGAUGAAGGCGAAAUCCUUCUUUCUCCAACUUACACUGUCAAUUUUCUCGACUGUGUUUAUGAUGAGCAAGAACGUGUAUGGAAUGCGACAUUUAGUCGUAUCGCACAAACAGAUGAUCUUUUGAUACGAAUCAGUGAUGAUGAACGUCUCAUGAAACUUGAACUUAUAUUACGGUAUUUACUUGACGAAAAAGAUUCACUUGAUGAUGAUACAGAAGACAUGCUUGACACAUCUUCUGUUUUACAAAAUGAUGAAUUUGAAUUUACAAAAAAGUUUUGUUCAACAUUUGUCGAAGAUGUGCCGAUUCUUGUACGUGAACUAAAGUUACCAGAAUUGUGUAGUGUCACGUUAAAUGAUGAUUCUUCGGAUCGUUUUCAUUUGAGAACACUUCGAUCAUUCACCACUGAUGCACUCGAUCAUGGACCUAAAAUUCAAGAUGACAUGAUUGUUACUCUCUAUGAUGCUUUGGGUGGUGUGUUCAAAAUGAAUGGAAAACUUAUGGAAGCUUACUAUUAUUAUCAAAAAGCAUCGAUAUAUGACAAACCUCAAUCACAAACAACUUAUACAAGACAGGCUCAUCUGGCUCAAAUUCAUAAACUUAAUGGUAAUUAUGAACUUGCCUGGAAUAUUUUCAAUGAACUUAUGGAUCGAACAAACGAUGCAGAUAAUUUCCUGUAUGAAGACAUUGCAUUUUUUCGAUCCAGUGAUAUGUCUGAUCAGGCGUUUCUCCAGAACUCACAUAAAUUUCUCCAAUACUGUUCCAGUUACGCUGAUGCUGAUAAUGAUGUUGAAGAAGUUAAUGAUGAUGAUGAUGACGAUGACGAUGAUGAUGAUGAUGAUGACUUAGAGCACGUUGAUGAUGAAAGAAUGGCAUAUGUCAUUGAAGCAUGGGCUGAGCUAGGCUACAGACAAAAUGAUAACAAAUAUUCAUUUCGUUUUUUCGAAAUUCUUCGACAAAUGGCAACAGCAAAAAAUAAAGCACAAUGUUUUGUGUGUAACAAAGAAAAAAAUACAUACGAUUGUAAAGGAUGUUCCAAAGAAUUCUGUUUUCAACAUUUAACAGAACAUCGACAAAUUCUUGACAAACAGUUAGAUGAAAUUAUUAAUGAUCAUGAUCAAUUUCAACACACAAUUAUUCAACAAAAACAAAAUCCACAAAAUGCUUCAUUAAUUCAGCAGAUUGAUCAAUGGGAAAAAAAUUCAAUUGAAAAAACUCAACAAACAGCACAACAAUGUCGAGAAACACUGAUGAAAUCAACAGAAAAAUCGAUUAAUGAUGUGGAAAAAAAGUUUAUUGAAUUAUCUAAGAAAUUAAAAGAAAUUCGUGAAGAAAAUGAAUUUAAUGAACUUGAUUUAAAUCAUUUUCAAUUACAACUAAAACAAAUUACAAAAGAAUUUGUCACACUAUCAAAUAUUUCUAUUCGACAAGAUUCACAAGAAUUUAUCAAGAAAAUUUCAGUUAUUUCAUCUUUCGAUUCUUAUCAAUCAAAUCAUUCUACAAUUAGUACAGCAACUAUUUCAAAGAAUCCAAUAACAACAAAUGAAAUAUCAACUCAAUCUCAGAUAAAACAAAAAACAUUUCAAAUAAAAAAGAAUAAAUUUCAACAAUUUGCAAUUACUGUUGCUGGAGGAAGUGGAAAAGGACAUGAAUUAAAUCAACUCUCGGAUCCUUUAGGGAUCUUUAUUGAUAAUGAUAAAUCAGUUUAUAUUGCCGACUCUUAUAAUCAUCGUAUUGUUAAAUGGAAAUUGAAUUCAGUUACUGGUCAAAUCAUUGCACGUGGGAAUCAAAAUAAUCAAUUGAAUUAUCCAACAAAUAUAAUUUUUGAUAAAAAAAAUAAUUCUUUUAUUAUCUCAGAAUGGGGAAACAAACGAGUAAUUCGAUGUUUUGGUCAAACUCAACAAACGAUUAUUUCAAAUAUUAGAUGUACUGGUCUGGCAAUUGAUAAAAAUGGAUUUAUCUAUGUUUCUGAUUGGGACAAUCAUGAAAUAAGACGAUGGAAACAAGGAGAUAUAAAAGGUGAAUUAGUUGCAGGCGGAAAUGGUUAUGGAAAUCAUCUCAAUCAACUCAACGUUCCUACUUUUAUCUUUAUUGAUGGCGAGUAUUCUCUUUAUAUAUCAGAUAAUAAGAAUCAUCGUGUAAUGAAAUGGAGAAAAGAUGCUAAAGAAGGAAUUAUUGUUGCUGGUGGAAAUGGUCAAGGAAAUAGUCUCAGACAGUUGUCUUCUCCUCAAGGAGUCUUUGCUGAUCAUUCUGGCCAAAUCUAUGUAGCAGAUGAAGGAAACAAUCGAUUAAUGCGUUGGUGUGAAGGAGAUAAAGAAGGUGAAAUUGUUGUUAGUACAAAUGUUCAAGGAAAUCAAUUGAAUUGUCCCACAGGUUUAUCAUUUGAUAAUGACGAAAAUCUUUAUGUUGUUGAUCGUAAUAAUCAUCGAGUUCUAAAAUAUAAACAAAUUUGA